GGCCUGCCCGUGCCUGCAUCGGGGCAGCUGGCACACUGACCGUGCCAGGGAGGUUGUGAGGGCACGCACCUCCUCUGACCGGUGGCUCGGAGGUGGAUUUUAUUCCUGCUACCCUUUCGUUAACAACUAAAACAGCCCACUGAGGCGCCGCCCGGAGCAGACAUGGGGUGGGGGCAGAAGCCCCGAGCCCGCGCGUAGGUGGGCGGUGUGCGCGGCUGGCACCCGGCGCCAGCCCGCGGGCUGAGGUGCCGCUGUGCCCGCACCCUCGCACAUGCUCACUGGGGCGCCGCGGGAGUCUGGGCAUGUGCAGAGCGGGCCGGGCCGUUCGCCGCGCCCGCCGCGCCCCGGGGCUCCGGCCGCCGCCCGCUGCCAGGUGAAGCUGCACUAGGUGAGACGAGGCGCGGCCGAGCUGAGCGGGGCAGCCGCUGGCCGGCGGUGGAAAGGCAGGAUGAACAGCUCCGACGAGGAGAAGCAGCUGGAGCUUCUCGCCAGCCUGAAGGACCAAGCUAUUGGCGAAUAUGAAGAACUCAGAGCAGAAAACAAGAAAACGAAAGAAGAGUGUGACAAAAUCAAGCAAGAACGAGAUGAGGCUGUCAAAAAACUGGAGGAGUUCCAGAAAAUUUCUCACAUGGUUAUUGAGGAAGUAAACUGUAUCCAGAACCAUCUUGAAAUUGAGAAGACAUGCCGUGAAAGUGCUGAGGCUUUGGCUUCUAAGCUGAACAAAGAAAAUAAGACCUUGAAAAGAAUUAGUAUGCUUUGUAUGGCAAAACUGGGCCCAGAAAUUAUCACUGAAGAGAUUAACAUUGAUGAGGACGAUUCAUCUACGGAUACAGAAGCUACUUCUGGAUCAUGUAAUUCUGUGCAUUGUCAGCAGCAAAUAAAAGAGCUGCGAGACCAGAUCGUCUCUGUUCAUGAAGAAAAGAAGACUUUAGCCAUUGAACUGGAAAACCUGAGGUGCAAACUUGUAGAAGUAAUUGAAGAAGUGAAUAAAGUGAAAGAAGAAAAAGCUGCUUUGACAACAGAGGUUAGCAAGCAGCAAAAACUGUUGGAGAAAUGUAACAGAGUGUCUGUGCUGGCAGUAGAGGAAUAUGAAGAGCUUCAUGUAAACUUUGAACUGGAAAAGAACCUAAGGAAGAAAGCAGAGUCAUUUGCACAAGAGAUGUAUAUCGAACAAAACAAAAUGAAAAGGCAAAGUCAGCUGCUUCUGCAAAAUUCUGCUCCUGAUCAACAGCUUUUGAAGGCUUUGGAUGACAAUGCUAAGCUGACUCACACAUUGGAAGAGGAGAGGCUUCAACACCAACAAAAGAUCAAAGAAUUGGAAGAGCAGCUAGAGAAUCAAGCACUACAUAAGGAAAUUAGUCGUCUUAAACAGCAACUAGAACUCUUGGAAGAAGAUAAAAAGGAGCUAGAGCUGAAGUGUCAGAAUGCAGAAGAGAAAGCUAGAGACCUAAAGCAUUCAGUUGAUGAACUUCAAAAACGAAUACAGCAGUCUGAAAAUCCUGCACCACCACCUCCACCACCACCCCCUCCUCCUCUUCCUCCUCCCCCUCCUCCUAACCCUAUACGGUCUCUCAUGUCAAUGAUCCGCAAGAGAUCUCACUCCAACACCAACGUGAGCAAGAAGGAGAAGCCCCCUCAGCAGGAGGCAGGAGAAGAGGUUACAGAUCUGAAGAGACAAGCUGUUGAAGAAAUGAUGGACAGAAUUAAGAAGGGAGUUCAUCUGAGACCAGUCAACCAGUCGAGCAGACCUAAAACAAAGCCAGAAGUACCAAAGCCCUCUGAAAGUGCAAUGAAAGAAUUAAAAGGGAUUCUGGAAACACUGAAUAAAUCCACUAGUUCCCGAAGCUUGAAGUCCCUUGAAACAGACAGCAGCGAAACGGAGCUGGAACGAGUUCUGCGACGCCGGAAAGUAACCACUGACCAGGACAGUGGCAGUCCCACUGGAAUCUUGGCCACAUCAGAAUCAAAAUCUUUGCCUGUGCUAGGUUCAGGGACCAGUGCUGCACAAACAGCUUUGAACAAGAAAGACCUGGAGACAGAAUUCAGUUCCAAAGUACCCAACUCAGGUCCUGUCUCUAACCAGCCUAAGGGUGACACAGACUCUAAGCCUGCAUUACAAUCCACCAGCCACACAGAACUUACAAGAAAAGCUUCUAGUGGUGAAAAAGAGACAGAAUCUGUUGUAGUAUUGGCUCCUGUUUCCACCCACGGGAACCAGAUGCCUGAAAACCUGCUGAAUCAGAGCAAGCUGAAAGAAGCAAGAAGCAAGCUGCUGCAUAAAGAAACCAAUGCUGAGAAGAUAAAAGAACCAGACAGCUCUAACUGUUAAUUGUUUUUCUGGAAGGCUGUAACUUUUGGGAAUCAUUAUCUGGACAUGUGAAUGGCUUAGGUGUGUUGCUAGGGGCUAUGGUCUGUACUCCAAGCAGCUUUCAGUAAUAUAGGUUAAAAUGGUCUUUUGUAUGCAGUUUUUGGUACAUGAUGAAAGUGUUCAACAACUACAUAGCACUCAGAAUCCCUUUCCACUCUAAUUUUGCAGGUAUGGUUAUUCUUUUCCAAACUGGUGUUAGUUACCUUUACUUUAAAACUGUGUUUGAAAGGGCUUUUUGAAAUUACUCUUUUCUUCAGAAGAUGCCUUGUUAAAGGUCCAUUUUUAAGCUUUCCAGAAGCCUCUUGCACCCUUCUUGAAUUGGACAGUUUGGGUUAGAUCUGAUGAAGGUCACCCACAUCUCAGCUUAGGAAGUAUUAAAAGAUCAGUGGUGUGCAGCAGUAACACAAGGAGCAACAGCUGCAAACUGGAACAUAGAAGGUUUCACCUCAGCAUGAGGGGAAACUUCUUUACAGUGAGGGUGACAGAGCCCUGGAACAGGCUGCCCAGGGAGGUUGUGGAGUCUCUUUCUCUGGAGUCUUUCCAGACCCACCUGGACGCAAUCCUGUGCAAACUACCCUAGGGGAUCCUGCCUGUGGGGUUGGACUUGAUGAUCUCUGGACAUCCCUUCCAACCUCUAAGGUUCUGUGAUUUUUCAUUCAGACACAAUGCUUUAAAAAGAUGUUGAUGCCUACUUAAACCAAGAUGUUGUAGGUCUCCUUUCUCCUGUCUCCAGACACAUUCUUUGGAGGAAAUUAAAAGCACAAGCACAACACUUAUUCCUAUUUGAGGUUUCCCAGUAGACAGCCAGCCCAAAGACCAAAAAGCAGGGGCAGUGCAGUAUGUCAGAUUGGUACCAAGACUUCUGGUAAUGCUAGCCAAGGGUGCACAUUUGUGGAUUGGGAUUGGUGCUCUCUUUGGAUUCAAAGCCUUCCACAGGAGGACUCACCUCCUGGCAUCUGUUUCAGUGAACUGCUGCAACUGGAGUCUGCAUUUACUGCUGCAAAAAAAAAACUACUUCAGGCUCCAGUCAGCAUGGGCUGUGUCUGAGAAUUGGGAAUUCUAGGAUUGCAGCUUCUGGGAAUCAACAUCCUGAGAACUCCCAGCUGAAAGCUCUCAGCACUAACCAGUAAGCCUUUGCUUUGAACCUGGGACACACUGGGGGCAUUAAUUUCUUUAUUAGGUAACACUUUAGAUGUCUGUAUUUUGAUAACAUAAAUCCCACCUUCCCUCAGCCCUUCUUCCCUCCAGAGGCAGUGAACUAGGUACAUAAUUGACUUGCUGCACUGCCAAUGCACAUUCUAGCGUGGUCUCAUUGUACAUCCAGCGCAGGCUCUCUCUAGUGAGCGAACAAAUGCAAUCAGGGAUUUACCUACAGAUGGCUGUGGCUGGAAUUGGGUGGGCAAGCACUUGAAUGCACUUGGACUGUGUUUUAUUUAAUGGUUUGAAACAGUGACAGUACCGAAGGAUGAGUGCUCAGAGUUUGUCGGUUUGGCUCUGCAUGCAACUGUCUGGUGCUUCUCCUGAAAAUAAAAUGAUAGUGAUGAGUGUGGUAGUUUCACCUCUUUGGUUUUUUUUUUGUUUGGUUGAUUGGCUGGUUGGUUUUUUGGUGGUUUUUUGCAUGUUUGCUAAGAGGACUUGCUCGAGUCACUGAACUCCACAUAGCUCUGAAACUUGGGGAAAUUUGUCUCUCGUUGAUAACCUUCAUGGGUUCUGCUGGUUCAGUUUUCACUUAGGUCUCUCUGUUACACUGCCAAUGCUCCAUUUCUCUGUUCUUUCCCCUCCCCAACGACUGCUGGCUGUAUUCUCUGUUCAGAUUUGAACCUUAUGCAAAACCCACAAGUUUUUUAAGAAGUGUUUCUUUUUACUUCAAGCUGUUUGUUACCUAGGGCAUAAAUUAUUUAUUUAUCUUUUCACUGUUGCUUAUUAAAAGGACUCCUGACAAGUUUCCCA